AUGGAGGCAGCGGCAGCCCUGAACGAGAGCGGAGCGGCGGCCCCGCGGCUCCCGGCCGGCGGCGGCAACGCCUCGCUGGAGCUUUCGUCGCGGCCCCCCGCGCCCGCCGCCCUCAACCCAUGGGAUGUGAUGCUCUGCGUGUCCGGCACCGCCAUCGCCUGCGAGAACGCCCUGGUGGUUGCCAUCAUCUGCUACUCGCCCGCCCUGCGCACCCCCAUGUUCGUGCUGGUGGGCAGCCUGGCCACGGCUGACCUCCUGGCCGGCCUCGGCCUCAUCCUCAACUUCGUGUUCCAGUACGUGAUCCGCUCGGAGACGGUCAGCCUGCUGACGGUGGGCUUCCUCGUCGCCUCCUUCGCCGCCUCCGUGAGUAGCCUGCUGGCCAUCACGGUCGAUCGCUACCUCUCCCUCUACAAUGCCCUCACCUACUACUCGGAGAGGACGGUGCUCUGCAUUCACACCAUGCUGGCGGGUGCCUGGGGGGUCUCGCUCUGCCUGGGGCUGCUGCCCGUCCUGGGCUGGAACUGCCUCCACGACCGCACCUCCUGCAGCGUCGUCAGACCAUUGACCAAGAGUAACGUGACGCUGCUGUCUGCCUCUUUCUUUCUCAUUUUCCUCAUCAUGCUCCAUCUCUACAUCGAGAUCUGCAAGAUCGUCUGCAGGCAUGCCCACCAGAUAGCUCUCCAGCAGCACUUUCUGACUGCUUCGCACUAUGUCACCACCAAAAAAGGAGUCUCUACCCUGGCUAUCAUCCUUGGGACAUUCGGAGCCAGCUGGCUGCCUUUUGCCAUCUACUGUGUGGUGGGGGAUCCUGACUACCCUUCUGUGUACACAUACGCCACGCUCCUACCUGCUACCUACAACUCCAUGAUCAACCCCAUCAUUUAUGCCUACAGAAACCAGGAAAUCCAGAGGUCCAUGUGGGUGCUCUUCUGUGGCUGCUUUCAGGCUAAAGUGUCCUUUCGCUCCCGGUCCCCCAGCGAUGUCUGAGUGACUUUUCUCUGUCAAACUGCACCCAGUGACAAUCUA